UACUUCACAAGCAGCAGAAAACUAACGAAAAACAAGAGAUCUGUGAAGAAUGGCGUUCCUCUGGGGUCUUACAGUCUUGAUGCUGAUGUCUUGCACAACCAGUACAGCAGACGACAAAGAAUACUCUGAAGCCUUUUUGAAACUUCUCUACGUUUUCAACGGGAAAUUUUCUGAUGGUCCUGUCGUGGAAGCUUACAAGAACGUCAAAAAACCAAAAGUUGACGUACCGAAACUUUUGUACGUGACGGCCACACCAGUAGAGAUCCCAGCACUUGCACCGGCAGUGACAUUCUACUACGAGAAAUAUGUUGAAAACAGUCUGUACCGCCGUUUGAUUCUGGUUUUCAAAGAAGAAAACGGACAGAUUUUCGCACAACCUUACAACAUCACUUCCCCUCCUAACGAUCUGUCCAAGCCUUUCACCAUUGACCAAGUCAAGAAGCUGACUUCAAAUGACUUGACCACAACAGACGCUUGUAAAAUCCAGUUCACUCGUAAGGGAGCCAACUCAUUCACAGCACUCUGGCCAGAUUGUAAAGUCCAGGAUAAUGGGGUUUUUCCAAAGUACCAUCUGACCUGGUCUUGCGACUCUCUGAUGGCAAUCAUUAGUAGCCCUAAGCAUCUUGAUUACACUACAUCACCUGUAGCUUUGAUCAGGGAAGCACCAAGGUAUCCUUUUCCAUCGUAUCUGAAGGCAGUGGAAGACAAUAGUUUCUGCCAGUAAUAUUUAUUUACUGAGGACCUGAUUGAGAAAACAGUCUUGGAGGUUUCGAAAAAAUGAUGUUGUGGAGAGUUUGUAGAAGUGGUGUAUUAAUUCUUAAUUUUAAUGUUUCAACUCACUAAUUUAACACUAGAAAUGACAACUAUUUAUCAAAAAUAUGUCUAGUAAAAUUAAGGUAAACCAUUCUUAAAUAAAAACUUGUUUGAGUUUUAAUAAUUCUUGAAUAAGGUUAAUUUCAUUACCCUAAAAAAUAAAGAGUAUUUUUUCAAUAAAUCUUAACAUCAGUAAUGUGAAUUUGUAAUUAGCAAAUACGGAUGUCAGUUAUUUUUGUCUCUACCGACUCUGUUGAACCUUGUUCCACUCAUUUACUUUUCGUUUACCUGU